AUGGGAAAAACGCAAAUAUGGGAAAAACGCAAAUAUGGGAAAAACGCAAAUAUGGGAAAAACGCAAAUAUGGGAAAAACGCAAAUAUGGGAAAAACGCAAAAAUGGGAAAAACGCAAAUAUGGGAAAAACGCAAAUUUGGGAAAAACGCAGGUAUGGGAAAAAUGCAGAUAUCGGAAAAACGCAGAUAUGGGAAAAACGCAGGUAUGGGACAAACACAGAGAUGGGAAAAACGCAGUGAUGGGAAAAAUUCAGGUAUGGGAAAAACGCAGAUAUGGGAAAAACGCAGAUAUGGGAAAAACGCAGAUAUGGGACACACGCAGAUAUGGGACAAACGCAGAUAUGAGACAAACGCAAAUAUAGGAAAAACGCAAAUAUAG